AUGCAAGAGGUAGAAAACUGUCACUUCAUCAACAACACCGCCAACCACCUCGCCAACAUCAGGUUGGACCACAACUCCAACUACUACGACCACUACUACCACAACCCGAGGUACCACAAUUCCAUCGUCAACCACCAAAUCUACAUCAACACCGUCAACCACCUCAACAACAACCUCAACCACAACUCCAUCGUCAACCACCAAACCUACAACAAGACCGUCAACCACCUCAACAACAACCUCAACCACAACUCCAUCGUCAACCACCAAACCUACAACAAGACCGUCAACCACCUCAACAACAACCUCAACCACAACUCCAACUACUAUCACAACCCGAGGUACCACAACUACAUCGACAACCACCAAACCUACAACAACUACUACCAAAGCACCGCCGCUGGAAUGUUGGACAGGCUGGCAGCGUUUUGGAUCUGCGUGCUACCUUUUUGAUAGCACGUCCAGCCGUAAUUGGGAUCAAGCUCGCAGCUAUUGCAGGACAUACGGAGGGGACCUCGUCAAAAUUACGAGUCAAGGGGAAAACCAGUUCAUCGGACAAAACAUUAAAAAUAUAGUCUGGAUUGGUAUCAAUGACCAACAAAAGGAGAACGUGUUCGUGUGGACCGAUGGCUCAAGACCAGGAUACACUGCGUAAGUUAAA